CCUCUGUCACCUCCUUCUCCUCCUGCCUUCAAUCUUUUCCCAGCAUCAGGGUCAUUUCCAAUGAGUUGACUUUGUGCAUCUGGUGGCUAAAGCACAUGGAGGAAACGUUAAUAAUGUAACUGUGUCCUGUCUAUAGCUGUUACACGCAGAUCUCAUGGUAUUUCACUUUCCCGCACUUCACAGAGAGUGAGGUUUUCACACACUGAAGGUUUGCGGAAACCCUGUAUUCAGCAAGUCCAUCAGUGCCGUUUUUCCAACAGCAUUUGCUCACUUCACGUCUCUGUGUCUCAUUUUGCUAAUUUUCGCAAUAUUCCAAACCUUUUCACUAUUCUACUUGUUACGGUGACUUGCGAGCCUUGAUGUUACUCCUACAACUCACUGAAGGCUCAAUGAUGAUAAGGGUUUUUUAUCAAUUAAGUAUUUUUAAAUUAAGGUAUGCACAUUUUUCAGACAUAAUGCUAUUACAGCACAUUUAGUAGCCUACAGUAUAGUGUAACCUUUAUAUACACUGGGAAACCAAGACUCUGGUAAUUCACUUUAUUGCAGUGGUCUGGAAUUGCACCCGCCAUAUCUCUGAGGUAUGCCUAUACACUGUAAAUAGCCACACAUACCCAAAAAAGGCUGAGCAAAUAUACUCCCAGUAUUUGAAACCAGUGACAGUAAGCAAGUCGAUCGCAUCACUGAGAAAUGAAUUCCAAAAUCUUCAUUCCUCCACUUUUUCACUUUCUUCUUACUCUUUAGUAUGAAUGAAAACAUCAACAUUCAUGUUGGAAUGAUACCUGUUCAUCAGUUACAACCAUAAGUUGACUAUGGAUGCAAGAGUUAGGCAAAAUUUGAGAAAAGUAUACUGUAAGAGUAAACUGGCCCUACGGGAUUCACAAUAAGAGUAUUUGUAGAAUUUUAUUAUUUUAGAUUUCUUUCAGUAAAAUUUAUGAUAAACACACAUUCACACACACAUACACAUACUUUGUUUCAGACAGCCCAUUAUUGAAUCUUUACAAGAACACAUACUGUCUCUUCUCCACUAGAAUGUAAGUUCCUUGAUGGCAGAAUGUUUUUUUAUUUCAGCACUUAGAACACACCGGACACACAGCAGAUGCACAUGAGCGAACAUGUAUGACAUGAAUGAACAGAUGAGCACAGGUGAGAACCAGGUUUCGCGGGCUGAUUGUCAGACCUUAUGUUUCCAGCUCCACCAUUCUCCAGCUGUGUUGGCCUUGAGUAAAUUAUUUAAUUUCUUUGAGCCCUGAUUUCUUCAUUAAAAACAGUGGGGGAGAAUCUUCCUACCUUGCAGGGAAAUAGUGACAGUGUAUGCCUCUGCCUGGCACCCACCAGGUAUCUGCACAGACAGGAGUCACCUUCUCACCCUCCACCCCUGCCACACACAUACUCCUUGGAGACCUGCCACUGUCACACAUUUCAGUGAUGUCACAGCCCCCCUCCCUGGGAGCACCAGCACAAGCACCCUGACGCCCAGCCCGAGUGUGGGCUGAGCUGGGGGCAGACAGGCGCAGGCAGGGCCAGGUACCAGUCUUGCGCCAUCUGUCCAAUAUGUGCCACAGCUCCAGCAUGCGUCCAUCGACAAAGAGGAGGCCCAAGAAUAAGGUGGGUUCCAAGGUUGGACUUGGGUCUGGAUCUAGUGGAGGUCUCAACAAAGCAUCCAACCACGCCCAGGGUGGGGGUCUUUCUGCCUAGGGGGAGGGGGAGAGGUGAAGGGGGUCAAGAGAGUUAUAACAGGCUCCCCAUUUCCACCCCCAAACCAAGGUGACAAAAAUCACAGUCUACGGUUUAUCAACCCAAGCCCAGUGGAGAGGCAUUAACGGGCAUUCAGGGGGCUCAUCCUGUGUUAGCAUUUCCCCUCACCUGCUCUUUCCCUCUCUCUGUCAGAUGCAAUCUAAGGAACCACAGGACAAGAUACAUCAGCCUGUCAGCAAAGUAAUCGCACGGAACCGACUUAAAAUGGUAUUAAAACACUUGUCGCUCUUGAAGCUGCUCAAAAGCUCAAACCCUCGGAUCCAAGAACUGCAUAACCUGGCCAGAAGGUGUUGGAAUUCACUGCUCAGGGUUCCAAAGAUCCUGGGGCUCUCCUCUGGGUACGAUAAUGCCUGGGAUGAAGUGGAACAAAAUAACAAAGAGCUCCAGGAGGAGGCUGGGUGUUCCUACCAGAAGCUGGACUCCACAAAAUUAAAGCUCACAGGGGAGCCUGAGGAGCGUGAGGAGUCGAGGCCCAGGGCAGAGGAAGCUGUGUCACAGAAAGAGGAGCAAGUGGAGCCUGAGGCCCCGACGACAUCGAGGGGUCACGGCCUGACCACGGGUCCCAGAGCCCAGGCAAUGCAGCCUCCCACUGGGGACCCCCAAGUCAUCUUCCGGAAGACCCACCAGGACAGAACUCCCGUGAAGGAUGUGAAGCAGCCGGAAACAGUGAACCAGCGGGUCUGGUUUGAGGGGCUGCCCACACGGGUCCACCUCCCAGGGCCUCGGGUGAUGUGCAGAUCCUCCGCCUUGCGCUGGGUCAAGCGCUGCUGCACCCGCUUCUGCUCGGCGUCACUGGAGAUGCCUAUGGUCCAUCGGUACAAGGUGUGACACCUCCACCGCCAGGCCAGGGUGAAACGCUGGCCCCGAGCUGGGCCCAGAGCCAGGGGGCGUAGGGUCCAGAGUCUUGGGGGCUGUGGCUGUCGGUGCUGGGAAGCCCAACCUUCUGCCCAGAGAGGGAAGCCCAGAGAGGUGGAAGCCAUUGACCAAGGCCAUGCGGCAGGGCAGUGGACCUCUCAGGACCCCAGUAGGGGCUCUGGGGAAGGAGGACACUGGGAAACGUGGUCCUGAGGCGGGGCACCCAUUGCCUAGAGGCCUAAGAGAGACCAAACUGCUGUGGUUCAGAAUCUCAUUGAGAAAUGAGUCCAGGGAUUUCCAAACGUUGGGGUAAGAGGGGAGAGGUCAAGCAGGGCUCUGCUGCACCCUAUCCCCUCUUUGCUCUACACUCUAUUUUAUUUACUCAUGCCUCGAAUAAGACUUGGUCUUCCCUGGUGGCUCGACGGUAAAGAAUCCCCUACCAGUGCAGGAGACCUGGGUUCGAUCCCUGGG